AUGCGCCGGGGGCCACCAGGCUCUUGGGCAUCCGAAGGCAGCUCCUCGCAGCAAACCACCGUGUCGUCCUCGUCCUUCUCCCAGGCGCGCCAAUCCGACACGCCGCGUUCCCUCUUCGACCACGACUCGUCCAACUUCCUCCUCUCUCCCGCGCUGUCCGCCACCACCGCCGACUCUAGGCCAACCUCUGUCAUAUCGUGCUUGCCCUCACCCACAUUUCGAGACUCCUUCAUCUCCAUCGUCAACGACCCGUUUUUCCAAAAGCUGCGCGACGUCGGCCCGCCCCGUUCCUCGGCGCUGCAGUUGGACCAAGACUCGGACUCGGACCACGGCCAACCAAGUCGGCAGCAGGAACAAGAAUUUCUCUGGCAACCGCUGGGUCUAGGCUCCGCGCACGGGGAUCGAUACGGGGCUCAGCACGGGGUCGGCACAUGUAACAGUGGCGACGCUGACCUCCCCGCCCGAAACGUCAACUCCAUCCUCGACGAACUCGACCUCGCCCUUGACCAACACAUCACCGACGACGAAUUCGACGAAUUCGCCGACUAUCUCGGUCAAUUCGGACACGAAAACGACCACAGUCCCAGCGCUGCGAUUCCCAACGACGAACCUCACCCUGCCCGAAAUCCCUCCUCCUUCAUUGCAGUCCCACCUUCGCCUUGGCAGUCAUCAACAGCGACGUCACCUUCGACACCAACAGCUCGCCUCUCCGGCUCGUCACCCAAUUUGAGCAUGGAGGCGCUUAAUAUUGCCAUCAUCGGCGCCCGAGGCGUGGGCAAGUCGUCCUUCGUCCAGCGCGUCCUAGGCUUAUCGCGGCCCCCGAUAUCAAACUCGUCGAACCUGCGCAUGAUUAUCGACAACCAAAACUAUGCCGUGACUCUCCUCGAGCUCGACCUCGAACACUUUGACAUGGCCCCUUCCCAGCCCAUACAGUGGCCGAAGCAGAUCAAUGGCCAUAUCUUGCCGAGGGUUGAUGGCGCCCUAAUAUUGUAUGAUGUAACGAACAAGGAAACAAUUAUGGAUUUACCGCGGACGUUGGCUGCUUUGACAAACUCGGGGCUCCCCUCGAUUCUCGUUGCGUGCAAGUGUGAUGCUUCAGAAAACGCUAGACAGGUCGACGCUGAGGGCAUGGCUAGUCACGACUUCUUCAAGGCUUGCGUGGCCAACUACAACAUCUCAUCGAAGAAGCCGGAACAUUCUCGCGCAUGCCUCAACACCAUUCUUCGCACCGUAAUUGCGAACCGCAAAGAAGCUUCUGCCGAAGGUGGUGCGUCGCGUCGCCGCGCGGCAUCCGUCGCCCAACUUGAUACACCCGUCGACCCCAAGACCGGCCGGCCCCUCAGCCAACAAAGCAAGCAUAGCCGAGCAAGCUCUGACUUCCCCCGCCUGGACCUCAACCCCGCGCCCUCGUCUAAUUCGCUCAACGGUUCUGACCCCGCCGAUGGGGGCUCGUCGCAGAGCGUCUCGAACCAAUUACGCACCCCAGGCAUCAGGCUGGACCUGGCUGCCCACAACACCUUUUUAGACAUGGACGAGUCCGACGGCGAGUCGUACCGGUACUCCGACGACAUACCCAUCUUGCAGCGCAACGACGACACCCUACAAGAGAAGCCGGCCAAGGCUGCGGGCGUGAGCUUCGACGACCUCGUCGACCGCCUCGUCGCGCCGCGCAUGACCAAGGCCGACCAUGGGUUCGCUGACAUCCUUUUGUGCCUUUAUCGCCAAUUUGCCCCGCCCCUUCAGCUCUUCUCGGCCAUUCUUGAUCGAAUGGAUGUCGUGCGAGAUGACCAUUCGGCGCACUACUUGACCAAGACAGCAACGCAGCUGCGCAUGAUUGAGGUGGUUGCCAAAUGGCUCCUGGAAUUUGUCAAGCAUCUCUCGACGGAACCCAUCUUCUUCACCUCGGCGCAGCAAAUCCGGCGGUACCUCGAGUUCAACGUGGUGGAGGACGACGAUACCUGGUGGGCCAAAUCGGACUCGCUCGAGGAUCCCGGCAAGGGUGGUUUCAAGGACACGCUCAGCGGCAUUAGCAGCCUACGGCUCGACGACGAGGCGGCGGCGGCAGCCGACCGACGAGGAUCCGCGGCUUCGGGAGGUUUCGGCUCGGUAGACCCAACGGUCAGCAACUUUACGGGUCAGAGUCAGAUCCAGCAGUACGAAGAGUAUGAGCGGCAAGCGAUGAGGCUCGAGCCGACGGGCCACCUCCCGAUGAUCAAGGCGCGCUAUCAUUCCUUCAUGGCGAUACCGGAUGGCGAGGUAGCGGAGGAGAUGACGCGCAUCGAUUGGGUCAUGUUUUCGUCGAUUCGGAUCCGCGACUUUGUGCGGCACGUUGCGCUCUCGGCGGAGGAAAAGGAGAGGUGCCGGUCUCUCAAGAACGUGAACCGCAUGAUUAACCACUUCAACCACGUGGCCAAGUGGGUAGCGAACAUGGUGCUCCUCCGCGACAAGCCCAAGCACCGCGCGCAGAUGCUGGAGAAGUUUAUGAAUGUGGCGAUGAAGCUGCGGCAGCUCAACAACUACAAUGGUCUUGCGGCGGUGCUGGCAGGCAUCAACGGCACAGCAAGCCACUUUGCGUAUCGUCUGGCGUGGGAGAAUUCCCCGUUGCCGCGGAUCCCGUUUGUGCCCCUCCACCGACGCGACCUGGUCAGCGCGGAAGAGGGCAGCAAGACGAUGGUGGGCCCCAACGGGGAUCGCAUCAACUGGAAGAAGUUUGAAGUGCUCGGCGAAGUGAUUUUGCCCAUCAUGAAGAGCCAGGGGACGCCGUAUGGGAAACUGGGCAAGCAUGAUAGCGCUAGGGAACUCAUCCUGGACUGCAGGAUGCCAGCGGACGACGAGGAGAUUUACGACAGGAGUAUCGAGGUCGAGCCCCCGAGCGGCAGUGCUACGGAACUGGGGAAGAAGAAGUUUCCCUGGUUCGCCAAGAGCUAA